AAAUAAUGUCUUUUCAUUGUUACUCUGACAUUUAAAUUUGUAAUUUUUUGCAAUAAGUAUUUCACAAAUAAUUUGGCAUAUUCAUUUAACAGAUAAAAUGGAAGGUGAAUCACCGGCACUAAAAGCAAAUUUAACAGAGUGGAGAUUUAAUCAAUAUCCAAAAUAUAUUUUGCUUCCGAUAGACGAAAAUCAUGAGCAAAAUCGAUCAAACUUGAAAAACAUAAUUUUUUCAGAGGUAAUCCCACGCCCACUUGAACGCAACAUUCGUUUAGUUACUGCCUCCGAAGAUGCUCUCACAAAUAUUUUAGACAUGGACCCGGAUAUAACAAACAGGGAAGAAUUUCUAGAAUUUAUAAUUGGACGGAAAUUACCGUAUGGUGCUCUGCCUGUUGCUCACCGAUAUGGAGGUCACCAGUACGGUCUAUGGGUCGGUCAAUUGGGAGACGGUAGAGCGCAUAUUUUGGGAGAAUACGUAAAUAGAAAAGGCGAGCGCUGGCAGAUACAGUUAAAAGGCUCAGGUCAGACACCGUAUGCUAGGACACAUGAUGGCCGAUCCGUGCUGCGCUCGAGUAUCCGGGAAAUGGUAGCGAGCGAGGCAUGUUACCACCUUGGAAUACCUACCACAAGGGCCGCUGCUUUGGUUGUAAGCGAUGACUUCGUGCUUCGCGACAUGUAUUACACUGGCUGUCCAAGACGCGAGCGAGCCGCCAUCUUGCUGCGCCUGUCACCCAGCUGGUUCCGGUUCGGCUCUAUGGAAAUACUGGCCAAAACCGGUGAAAUAUCUGUACUAAGGCAAUUUGCUGAAUUUACAAUAAAGGAAUACUUUCCCGACAUACACGGAACCGACGAAAAUAGGUUUAUUCGUUUAUUUUCUGAAGUCGCACAUAGGUCUUUGGAUUUAGUAGCCAAGUGGCAAGGUAUGGGUUUCGCGCAUGGUCUCUUGAACACAGACAAUAUGAGUUUACUUGGUCUAACACUGGAUUACGGACCGUUUGGUUUUGUCGACUCGUAUGAUGGAGGGUUUGUACCUAACUGCUGUGAUGGAGAAGGAAGAUAUGCCCUCGCUAAGCAACCUGAUAUCGUGGUUUGGAAUAUUGGACAAUUCGCGAACUCCCUGAAGCCACUUUUGACAACUUCACAGCAAGUUCACUUAUCUCAUAUAUUGAAAACUCUAGACUCAUACUGCAAGAAUAAAAUUUUAGAAACAUUCUUAAUGAAAAUCGGUUUGAAAGAAGAACGUUGGGGCGACGAGCAGUUGGUUGAAAAACUUCUAGACAUGAUGCAGCAGACGGGAGCUGACUUUACGUCAACUUUUCGACAACUUUCUGAGUUGGAACCAAGUGAAAUGGUGAGUGAAACGAAGCUGGAAGAGAAGUGGUCUCUGAAGCGACUGUCGAUGCACUCUUCCUGGGGAUGCUGGCUGGACCAGUAUCGAGAGCGAUUGGACAAAGAAGCCGUGGACGCAAGCUCUUUAGGAAUGUUUGAGGAUGAACGCCGACGUCGCAUGUUAAGCGUCAACCCGGUAUACGUUCCUCGCAACUGGUUGAUUCACGAGGCUAUCCUAGACGCCGAAAUGGAUAACUUUGAUAAAGUGCGAUACCUCCUUGAAGUUAUGCGUCGACCAUACGAAGUGCAAGCGGAAGCGGAGAGGCGCGGUUUCUCCGCUCAGCCGCCUCAGUGGGCUUACGCUUUGAAAAUCAGCUGUUCCAGCUGACGUUUUACGGCACAGAUAAACUAAUUUGGUGAAAUUAAUUAUCAAUAAAAAAUACAUCUUUUGUCUAUUGAUUUA